AUGCUUCGCCGUAAACCAACCGCAAUAGCCGUGACAUCAGAAGACCUUACUGCUUUCGAAGAAGCGCGACUUCGCAAGUUCACUCGAAGCAGCGGAAAUACAAAUCAUGCCACGGACACCUAUCCUGUCAACUUUGAUCCAAAUGAUGAAUUGAAACCUUUGCCUGGAGACAAGGCAAGAAUAGUACGUUCGCGUGAGGAACGUAUAGGCGUUUCUCGUCAUCAUUGA